UCAGUGGCUCGAUGCUGGAGGACACGAUCAGUAACUGGUCCUUGUAUAAAGAUCAGUGUUUGCAAAACCUAACCAAGGCCAGUAAUAAAACUGGAAUAUUUUGUAAUGGAAGCUUUGACCAAUUUGUAUGCUGGCCAGAAUCAUACCCAGGAAAUGUAUCAGAACCCUGCCCUUGGUAUCUCCCUUGGAUUAAACCAGGAAGCACAGGAAUGGUCUACAGGUAUUGCCUAGAAAAUGGUAGUUGGAUGACAGUCUCGAAUUCUACUACAGUCUGGCGGGAUCAUUCUGAAUGCUCUGAAGACAGCCAUGAUGUCCAGCAGAAGAAAAAUCAACAUGGGUUACUGAAAGUUCUGCAAUUGAUCUACACUGUGGGUUACUCUCUCUCAUUGGCCUCACUCUCACUGGCUGUGCUGAUACUGCUGUGGCUCAGGAAGCUGCAUUGUACUCGAAACUACAUCCACAUGAAUUUAUUUGCUUCCUUUAUUUUGCGAGCACUGGCUGUCCUCGUAAAAGAUAUGUUCCUGAAUAAUACUUACUCCAAACGCCCAGAAGAUGAAAUGGGAUGGAAGACCUUUUUUGACACAGAGGUUUCAAAUGGAUGUAAGAUGGCACAGGUUUUCAUGCACUACUUUGUUGGAGCCAACUUUUUCUGGCUUUUGGUGGAAGGAAUUUAUCUUCAUAAAAUGAUCGUCCUUGCUGUCCUUUCAGAGAAAAGACUGUUAAAACAAUAUGUCCUGAUAGGAUGGGUGUGCCCACUAUUCUUUGUUAUACCUUGGACAAUUUCAAAGGUUAUCUAUGAGAAUGAAUGGUGCUGGGGGACAAACAAACACAUGGCAAUCUGGUGGAUCAUCAGGGGGCCGGUGAUAUUUGCAAUAAUAAUGAACUUCUAUAUCUUCAUAAAAAUUUUGAAGAUGUUGCUUUCAAAACUUAAAGCCCAACAAAUGAGAUUCAGUGACUACAAAUACAGGUUGGCCAGAUCAACUUUGGUUCUGAUACCUCUGCUUGGCAUCCACGAAUUUGUAUUCAUCUUCCUAACAGACGAGCACAUUCAGGGUUUCCUGCGACACAUCCGACUCUUUAUUCAGCUUGCGAUCAGCUCCUUCCAGGGUUUUCUGGUGGCCUUGCUAUACUGCUUUGUCAAUGGAGAGGUCCAAGCAGAAUUGAAAAUGCGGUGGAGGUGUUGGCUGUUGGUAAAUCACUUUGAAUGUACUGGCUGCGUCUUUGGCAAGCACUUGACGUACCUGGGGAAAUGCCCCAAACCCAGGUCCAACAGUUAUAUCUACAAUAGUAGCUCCUAUUAUAGUGAUACCAGAACGUCCAGCAUGCAACUGAAUACAGCACCAAUGACAGAACUGCAGGCACGCAAAGCCAUCCCAAUGGAACAGUUCACCCAGACUCGCAUGUCUGAGAGCAGCGAAGGAGAAGCAGAUAUUGGAGAAAGCCAGAUGUAAGGGCAGGUCUGGACAAGCCAAGUCCAACAUUAAGUUUUGUAAGCUGUGAAGUCUUUUAAUGUAAGAAGUGAGUUAGAGUCAACGGCAACACAAUCUGAACCUACUUUGUGCUUGACCUCUUUUUGUUGUAAAUAUUGAAUUUUGCAAGUGACCAGGUUUAGUUGGAAGGCAUUUUAAAACCUUGCUCUUCCAGUGUACUGUCUUCGUAGAAUUGGGCCUUAGAGAGGAGAAAUCUAUCAUUGAAUUUUGGCCAACACAGUCAGCUGAUGUCAGAAGAGGUGCUACAGUUGUGUGUGUUUGUGUGAGUGGGUGAGUGAGUGAGUGUGUCUAUGUGUGUUUGUGUGUGUGUGUGUGUGCCUGUUUGUUUGAUUUGAUUUAUUAUUGUCACUAGGUACAGUGAAAAGUUUUGUUUUGUGUGCAGUACAGGCAGAUCAUACCAUACAAAGUGCAUUAAGGUAUCAGAACAGAGCGAGGAAUACGAUCUUAUGACUGCAGACAAGGUACACAAAAAGCAAGGCCAAUAGUAAAUUUGAAAUUUAAGAAGUUCAUUAAGAAGUCUAAUAACAGUGGGGAAGGAGCUAUUCUUGAAUCUGUUGGUACAAAUGUUUAAUCUCUUGCAUCUUCUGUCCAGCAGAAGAGGUUGGAAGAGAUUAUAACCAGGUGGGAGGGGUCUUUGCUUUUCUGAGGCAGCAGGAAGUAUAGAUGGAGUCAGGAGAUAGAAAGUUGGAUUGUGUGAUAGAUUGGUCUGUGUUCACAACUCUCUGUAAUAGUGUCUCUUUGAGUGAGUGAGUGACUGAGUGGCUAUGUGUCUGUGUGUAAGUCUGUAUCUGUGUCUGGGAGUUAGUCUGUGAGUUUAUGUCUGUCUCUGUGUGAGUAAGAUUCUGAGUGCAGGGUCAGUCACAAUGACUCCGACCUGACACUCAUUUUUCAGGCUCAGAUUGAUUCGAGAACUGAUCAGUGCUUUAAGGAACGAUGUCACAGAAAAAAAGAAAACCCCAUUGCAAAUGUGGUGUGAUCUUAUCUGCUUACUUUGGGAACAACUUUAAGUUUACUUUUGUAAUAUAUACCCACAUCUGAACAUGUGUCUCCUACUAUUGUGUUAAACCCAAUAAGCCAAGUGACCUCCUUCCUGCUUCAAUAUCUAAACAGUUACAGACUUAUCUUUCAGUAGUAAGCACUAUAAGGUUUCAUAAUGUGACCCAGCAUGUACAUACUGUGCACUAAGGUAAACAUUUCCUUCACCCCCACUUUUGGGGCAUUAUCUAAAAUAUAAACUAAUAAGUGACUAAAUUUAUGUAUUUAAUGUUAUUGUUGCGAGCUUUUUUUUUAAAGAAACUUGUAGUCAUUGAAAUGUGCCCAGACAAUAAACUUUAUUAAACU